AUGGGCACUCCCCUGCGCAACGGCAAAGCACCCUCCUCGACGCUCCUCGGCACGCCUCUCCCACCUCGCGAACGCUCAACCGGAGCGCCCUCCCCUUCUCCCUCCAUCAUGUCGAGGCAUAACAAGUCGUCGAUUGUAGACGGCGGGGAACAUGUCGUGACGAGUCCGUUUGGCAGGGGGACGAGCAUGCGUAGGUUUCAGCUUCGGUCCGGGGCAAUCACGAGUUGAUUGACAUUUCGCGGGCCUUGCUUUGGUCAGCCCAUCCACCGCCACCGCCGUUCACGAGCACACAGGACGCUUCAUCCUCCCGAGUGAGCUUCUUUUAUCGAGUACUCUCGGUGAUCGCAUCACCUGCUCACCCACCCUCUCCCCGCUUUCCCCUCCAGAAAGCCCCACAUCCCGAUUCUACCACCGCCCCUGCUUCCCCUACACCGACCGCCACCGCGACCUCUACCGUGGCCGGAUCGGACUACGAAAAGUCCGUCAUAGAACACACUGCCCCCACCGCUACACCAGCGCGACGACCGACCGCAUCCUCAGCACCGAUUCGUAUCGUCGCUGAUCCGAGUAUCGCUACGACCUUUAGGAGAGACGAGGACCCAGAAUUGUAUGAUCUGUUCCUGAGGUAG